CUGCACAGAACUCAAUCAAUCGCAAAUAAAACAAACAGCUGGCAAACCCAGCCUCCGUUCACCUUUGCACUAUAAAACUCGGAGAUUUUUCUAGUGUCAAUUCCUCUAUUCAGCUCUUAAACCCUAGCCGCUCCCUUUCCUUGAAUCUUCUUCGCAAAGUGGUCUAAAAAUGGCUUUCUGUAACAAAAUCGGGAGUUUGGUGAGGCAGAGCGUUGCUCAAAAUGGGAAAGUUCCAGUUUCAUCUAUGUUGAAUUCUAUUAGGUGCAUGUCUUCUUCGAAGCUUUUUAUUGGAGGUCUUUCAUAUGGGACAAAUGAUGACUCUCUAAAGGAUGCAUUUUCUGGUUUUGGUGAUGUGGUUACCGCAAGGGUUAUCACUGAUAGAGAUACUGGGAGAUCAAGGGGUUUUGGGUUUGUUGACUUCUCAAGCGUUGAUUCGGCAAGCUCAGCGUUGUCAGCCAUGGAUGGCCAGGAACUACAUGGGCGCAAUAUUCGUGUGAGUUAUGCAACUGAAAGAGCUCCUAGACCUGGUGGUCCAAGAUCUUUCAACAAUGGGUUCGGAAAUGAUGGUUAUUAAGUUGUUGGUGCCAUCGUUGUGUUGGCUUCUUUAGUGUGUUAUUUACUUAUUGGGGAUUCAUGCGCUUGUCUUCUUUGAAUGAAGCAAGCUUAGUUUAUAUAUUUUGUUACAAGUAACAAAUCUUUGACAGAUGUCCCAGUUAUAUUUAUUGUCUUGGUAAGUUUCUACUUCGUA